AUGGCGCAGAGGGAGGAGGAGGAGCUCCAGGUCCCGGAGGGCCUGACGAUGUGCGCCAACAGCUGCGGCCGCCCUGGGAACCCCGCCACCAAGAACAUGUGCCAGAGUUGCUUCCAGGCGGCGCUCUCCCUCACCGCCUCCCCCUGUUUCAGCCUCGAGAGGGCCAGAUCCGGCCAGGUACGUACGCAGGAGCGACCAGAGGAGGACGCCGCUCCGGUGGCUCGGUCGGCGGAGCCGGAAGCGGCGGCGCCUGUUCCGGCAGCGGCGAGAGUCGUGAACAGGUGCUCGGGGUGCCGGAGGAAGGUCGGGCUGACGGGAUUCCGGUGCCGAUGCGGCCAGCUCUUCUGCGCUGAGCACCGGUACUCGGACCGUCAUGACUGCAGCUACGACUACAAGACCGCUGCCAGGGAGGCGAUCGAGAGGGCAAACCCCGUCGUCAAGGCCUCCAAGGUCGUCAGAAUCUGA